AUGUCCGAUUCCAGCGAUCCCAGGGUCAGUAAGCGAGCCAGUGCGGACGCAGAUGACGCAUCUAGGAAGAAGUCUAAAAAGGGCGACCGCGAGGAAAAGUACAACCCGUACCUCGCCCACAUGCACCAGGACAGCAACGGAUAUGGCGACGAGGCAUCGCCAGACUCGAUUCUGGCAGGCAUGAAACGCCGCCAAACCACCGCUGCUCAGGCUGCCAAGGCUGAGGAUUCUGCUAUUAAUCCAUUUACCGGUAAAUCACACUCUCAGCAAUACUUCAGGAUCCUGGAAACCCGCCGCGACUUGCCCGUUCACAAGCAAAGGCAAGAAUUCCUCGAAAAGUAUCAUUCGACUCAGAUCCUCGUGUUUGUCGGUGAAACUGGUUCCGGUAAAACGACUCAGAUCCCCCAGUAUGUCGUGUACGACGAGUUACCCAAGGUCACUGGCAAGCUCAUUGCCUGUACACAACCCCGUCGAGUGGCCGCCACAUCCGUCGCGCAGCGUGUUGCCGAUGAAAUGGACGUCACUCUCGGCGAGGAGGUUGGUUACAGCGUCCGUUUUGACGACUGCUCGAGUUCCAAGACGAUGCUCAAGUACAUGACGGACGGUAUGCUUCUACGUGAGGCCAUGCACGACCACGACAUGUCCCGCUAUAGUUGCAUUAUUCUUGACGAGGCUCACGAACGUACCCUUGCCACUGAUAUUCUCAUGGCACUGUUGAAACAAAUUGCCAGUCGACGACCGGAUUUGAAGAUCAUUGUCAUGUCUGCUACGCUUGAUGCUCAAAAGUUCCAAAAAUACUUCAAUAAUGCACCGCUGCUGGCCGUCCCCGGUAGAACGCAUCCUGUCGAGAUUUUUUAUACUCCCGAACCGGAGAGGGAUUAUGUCGAGGCUGCCAUUCGAACAGUCUUGCAGAUCCAUGCAUCGGAGGGCGAUGGUGAUAUCUUGCUCUUCUUGACGGGCGAAGACGAAAUCGAGGAUGCCUGUCGCAAAAUCAACUUGGAAGCCGACGAGUUACAAAGGGAAGUGGACGCCGGACCUCUUGUCGUAUACCCAUUGUACGGUACUCUGCCUCCUCAUCAGCAACAGAGGAUCUUUGAUAAGGCACCAGCUCCUCUCAUAAAAGGUGGACGCCCCGGUCGCAAGGUCAUUGUGUCUACCAACAUUGCCGAAACCUCCUUGACCAUCGAUGGUAUUGUCUAUGUCGUGGACCCCGGCUUCAGCAAGCAAAAGAUUUACAACCCCCGUAUCAGAGUUGAGUCUCUGCUCGUAUCACCCAUUUCAAAAGCCUCAGCCCAACAACGUGCCGGUCGUGCUGGUCGUACCAAGCCUGGAAAAUGCUUCAGGCUGUACACAGAGAAGGCGUUUAAGAAGGAGCUCAUUCAGCAGACAUAUCCCGAAAUUUUACGAUCCAACCUUGCAAAUACGGUUCUAGAGCUGAAGAAACUCGGCGUGGAAGAUUUGGUUCACUUUGAUCUCAUGGACCCGCCUGCUCCAGAGACAAUGAUGAGAGCCCUCGAGGAACUCAACUACCUCGCAUGCCUUGAUGACGACGGAGAACUCACAACCCUGGGCAGUCUGGCAUCCGAAUUCCCCUUGGAUCCGUCACUGGCUGUCAUGUUGAUUUCAUCGCCCGAGUUCUACUGCUCCAACGAGAUUCUCAGCAUCACCUCACUUUUGUCCGUCCCUCAAAUUUUCGUCCGGCCAGCAAACAACCGCAAGCGCGCAGACGAAAUGAAGGCGCACUUUAGCCACCCGGACGGUGAUCACUUAACCCUGCUCAACGCCUACCACGCCUUCAAAGGCCAAGCUACCUCAGACGGCGCCAAGCAAUGGUGCCACGAGCACUUCCUCUCCUUCCGCCACUUGUCAAGUGCAGACAGCGUCCGCGCCCAGCUCAAGCGGAUUAUGGAAACGCACGGGCUGGAACUCGUCUCCACGCCAUUCGAGGACAAGAACUACUACAACAAUAUCCGGAGGGCGCUAUUGUCCGGCUUCUUCAUGCAGGUUGCUAUGAAAGAGAGCUCAGGCAAACUCUAUCGCACCGUGAAGGACGACCAGGCCGUCCUGAUCCAUCCGUCUACAGUCCUGCGCACCGAAUUCGACUGGGUGCUCUAUAACGAGUUUGUCCUCACGUCGAAGCAAUACAUUCGUACGUGUACGGGCAUUCGACCAGAAUGGUUACUCGAAAUCGCCCCCGUUUACUACGACCUUGACACGUUUGAGCAAGGUGACGUCAAGAGGUCGCUCGCCAGAGCUGCCGAGAGGAAGCGGAGAAAGGAGGCUAUGAAAGCUGGACGGUGA